AUGGUCGACGUGGUGGUUACGGUCCAAACCCUAAUUGGUGGUGGUUUCACGUUUGGUAACAUCCAUGGCGACUCAUUCAACUCUUCGUCAAAGGUAUCAAAUGACAGUGAGCAGUCCGUGGUCGUAGUACACGGAGGUAGUGUCGUGAGUAAGGUAGUCGGUGACGGACGUGCGGUAGGCGGAGUUAUUAACGGCGGUGGUGGAGACGGAAGCGGUGACGGAAGUGGCGGUGUAGACAGAGUUGUUGACGGAAGUUUUGACGGGGGUGUUGUUGUCGGUGGUACCGAAGACGGAGACGGCGGAGACGGAGGUGGUGAUGGGCAUGGUGUAGACGGAGAUGUCGACGGAGAUUGUGUGGACGGAGAUGGUGACGGACAUGGUGAGAACGGAGAUGGUGACGGACAUGGUGAGGACGGAAAUGGCGACGGACUUGGUGUGGACGGGGAUGGCGUCGGACAUGGUGUAGACGGCGGAGACGAAGGUGGUGAUGGGCAUGGUGUAGACGGAGAUGUCGACGGACAUGGUGUGGACGGAAAUGGCGACGGACUUGGUGCGGACGGGGAUGGCGACGGACAUGGUGUGGACGGCGGUUUGCGGAAUGGCCACAGUACCAUCGGAUUUCGGAUCGAGGACCUCGGCCGCGGUGGGCGGCACGUGGUGGUCACCGGCACUAAUUGA